AUGGCACAAUUUGUUUGCACGAUGUACGAAGUCGCCAGUUGCGCAGUAACGUCAUCCACGGACGUUUCAGUGUUGCCAGUGAACGAGUAUCCACAAUAUCCAAAUUAUUGGAUAUCGCAGCACCGAAUCAGUCAACUGAUUGGCUACACAGAUGAAGAUGCUGACGAGCAGCGAUACGAGCUAGAGAACGCGCUGUACCUCAAUGCCACUGACGAGCGAUAUGAGCAAGAGAAUGCGUCUGAAAGCAACGAUGUCGCCGCCGAGUCGGACGAGCGGUAUGAGCAGAAGAAUGCGUCGGACAACGAUGAUGUCGUCGCCGAGUCGGACGAAUCAGACGAGCAGGAGAACGCGUCGGACAUCGUCGCCGAGUCGGACAGCGAUGAUGUCGUCGCCGAAAUCGUCGCCGAGUCGGACGAAUCGGACGAGCAGGAGAACGCGUCGGACAUCGUCGCCGAGUCGAACAGCGAUGAUGUCGCCGAAAUCGUCGCCAAGUCGGACGAAUUGGACGAGCAGGAGAACGAUGCUGUUGCCGAGUCGAACGUCGAUGUGGUGACCGUUAACGAUGAGGAUGAUAUACGUAAACGUACCUAUAGUACAAUAAAUGUAACAAUUGACGCUAAGAAAAACAUAGAAAUAAACACUAGAUGCAACAAGAAGCCAAAAUUAGAAAUGAAGGAGCCGAUGGAUUUAUUGUUCAAAUAA